AUGGUAGAUUUGAAAUUCACAAACGCUAUCGGUCAAAUAGAAGCAGCCAAUGUCACCCCGUGUGGUGAUUGCUGUGUCAAGUACGAGACUGACGAUGGUCCUGGAAACCUGGACAACGGAACAUACACCGGACCAUUAGGAGAUCAGCCGUGUUCGGAUGAUGCUCCCGAAUACGCGAAGAUACGCGACGGAAUCUUGCUCACUACUGGAAAUUGUAAUGGAACAUUCGUCGCAGACUGUGGCUACAUCAGAACAGUUCGAAACUACCUCGGACCAACUUCCUCUGCCACACGCAAAAUACCCAAAGCCUUAUCAUUGCUCGUCGUGAUGACAAUCUCCUUGUCAUUGAUAUAA